AUGCCCUUGAUGUUGAACUUCGGUUUGUUUAACAUCAUUGAAGUGAAUUUCAAUCAUGCGAAACAAAAUCAAGCAAAAAGCCUUCAUGAGUGCACCGAAGUUAUCUCCACAGUGCAAACUAUUCAAGACAAUAGAAAGUCGACACAAAUCCAAUAUAAAGGAAUCCCUUUGAGAUUGAAGGCGUGUAAGAAAUUGUUGAAUCCUUUUGUGAUUUCAAGACAACCAAUUUUGCUAGACAAGUUGACGCGUUUCAGAUGA